AUGGAGCCCGAGGAGCGGAAGAUCUCGGUGUGGAUCUGCCAGGAGGAGAAGCUGAUCUCCGGGCUCUCCCGGCGGACCACCUGCUCGGACGUGGUGCGGGUGCUGCUGGAGGACAGCCACCACCGGCGGCAGCGGCCGGCGCUGCCCGAGCCCGGCGGCGGGAUGCUGUCGGGGCCGCCGCACUCCUACUGCAUCGUGGAGAAGUGGCGCGGCUUCGAGCGGAUCCUGCCCAACAAGACGAAGAUCCUGCGGCUCUGGGUGGCGUGGGGGGACGAGCAGGAGAACGUGCGCUUCGUGCUGGUGCGCAGCGAGGCCUCGCUGCCCAACGCGGGGCCGCGCAGCGCCGAGGCGCGGGUGGUGCUCAGCAAGGAGCGCCCCGGCCACGGCCUGGGGGCGGCCCGCGCCAGCCUGGCGCUCACGCAGGAGCGGCAGCGGCGGGUGGUGAGGAAAGCCUUCCGCAAGCUGGCCAAGAUCAACAAGAAGCGGCAGCAGCCGCUGGCCCGGGAGGCCUCGUCGGCGGAGAGGAUGGAGACGCUGGUGCACCUGGUGCUCUCGCAGGACCACACCAUCCGGCAGCAGAUCCAGCGGCUCCGCGAGCUGGACCGGGAGAUCGACAGGUACGAGGCCAAGAUCCACCUGGACCGCAUGAAGCGGCACGGCGUCAACUACGUGCAGGACACCUACCUGGUGGGGGCCGGCGGCGGGGAGCCGGAGCCGGGCCGGGAGGCCCAGCCCGCCGCCGGCCGCCCCGAGGAGGACUACGCCAAGAAGUGCGAGGAGGUGCUGCAGCUGCAGGAGCAGCGGGCGCAGCAGGAGGAGCUGCUGGAGCACCUGGCCGCCGAGAUCCAGGAGGAGCUCAACGAGCGCUGGAUGAAGCGGCGGCGGGAGGAGCUGGAGCUGGCGGCGGGGCCCGGCCUGGCCGAGGCGGACUGCCACACCACGGAGCUGAGCGGCGGCGCCGGCGAGGGCGAGCUGCACCUGGAGCACGAGCGGGUGAAGACGCAGCUGAGCACCAGCCUCUACAUCGGCCUCAAGCUGAGCACGGACCUGGAGGCCAUCAAAACCGACCUGGACUACACGCAGCGGGCGUGGGAGGACAAGGAGCGGGAGCUGCAGCGCCUGCUGGAGACGCUGGGCACCCUGGACGUGGCGGAGGCGCCGGCGGAGCCGCGCGGGGCGGCGGGCGGGGGGCGGCCGGCGGCGGGGGGCAGCGCGGCCGGCUGGGUGGAGCAGGCGCGGGCGCUGCGCAAGGACCGCGCCGACGAGGGCGAGGACUCGGACACGGGGCUGAGCUCCAUGCACAGCCAGGACUCGGACUCGGUGCCGGUCUGCGAGUCCCUCGUCUAG